GGGCAAAUGUUAACAGGACACAUGAAGGUCCUGCAAAAGAUAAGCACUUUAUGGGAGAAGUGGUAAAAGACUGUAGUGGGCUCUGAUUGGCUUCCACCAUAGCCGGCUGUGCUCUGAUUGGUCUUUUCCUUACUUCCGUGUUGUAGUCCCUCCCACUCGCUAACGCGAGCGCUGCUUGAGUCUCUCCCUCACUCCGACAGAGAGGAGCAGACGUGAAAUAACCUGACUUUUUCCACACACUCGUCCGACAAAGAAGACAAUUGUGUUUUUUUUUUUUUUUUGUGUACGGGCGACGCGGUUAUUUUUUUUUUUAACAAUCCAGAAAGUGUCGUCCGGCGUGGAUAAACUCGCCGGAGAACGUUUUAAAUCCGAAGGUGAGUGGGGACUUUAAAACCUCCAGAAAUGGACGCAAUGACACGACUUUUGUUCUAAUUUUGUCUCGCAACACACUUUGAAAAACUUUUGUCGACAAAUGUUGCGCGCUGAAACCAGUCCAUCCUGCUCGGUGGAGACUCCUUGACUUGCAGGUAAAAAAAAAAAAAAAAAAAAAAAAAAAAAGUCCUUUCGUACAACGUGCAUCUGUAAAAAAGUCAGAUAACAGGUUUUAAAGAUGGCGGGUGUAAGUAAUGUCCACAUGAAAACCUUGGAGGACCUGACUUUGGACUCUGGCUAUGGCGCGGGAGACUCCUGCAAGUCCCUCAGCCUGUCCUCCUCAAAGUCCAACUCCCAGGCCGCCAUGACGACCCCUCACCGGGGCACCUGGUGGUACUACUCGGGCUCUAUGAACAGCAGGAACAACAGCUGGGACACGGUCAACACCGUCCUGCCCGAGGACCCGGAGGACAUCUUCUCCAAGUGUCCUCGCCUGCCCGACCUGGAAGAGUUCCCCUGGACCGAGGAGGACGUGGCCAAGAUACUCUGGCAGGUGGCCGAGGGCGGCGCCACGAAGGGCGUCCAAGCACCUGUGUUCACUACGGAAGCCGUGAGGCGGCUGUCGGCGCUCCUCCGCAAGGCUCUCAUCCGCAUCUCCAGGGAGGCCCAGCGUCUGAGCGUCAUGCACUGCCGCUGUACUCGCUUCCAGGUGCAGAGCGCCAUGAGGCUGGUGCUCAGCUGGUCCCUGGCGGACUAUUGCGUGUCCGCCUCGGUCAAAGCCAUCUCCAUGUACAGCAUGAGUGCUGGGGAGAUGCUGAGGAAGGGCAAGUCGGCCCGCUGCGGUCUGACCUUCUCCGUGGGACGUUUCUUCAGAUGGAUGGUGGACACUCGCGUAUCCGUGCGCAUCCACGAGUACGCCGCCAUUUGCCUGACGGCCUGCAUGGAAGCUCUGGUGGAAGAGAUCGGAGCCCGAGUGCUCAUGUCUGAACGGGGCCACCCGGGGCCAGAUGGGGGAUCGACUUGGGCGCCAGUGAGCGGCGAGGCCUUGGAAGGAGUUGUCAACAAUGACGCCGAGCUGUGGGGAGUCCUGCAGCAGUACGAACACCUGAUCUGUGGGAAGAACGCCAGCGGUGUCUUGUCAAUACCGGCCCAAUUCAGUCCCUAUACAGAGAAUCAGCAGACUUCUGUGGACUGCAGGGAGGAUGCCUAUGCCCAGCUGGAGCUCAGGACACUGGAACAGUCCCUGCUGGCUACCUGUGUGGGCAGUAUCUCUGAACUCAGUGAUCUGGUGUCCCGUGCCAUGCACCAUAUGCAGCGCCUGAGCUCGGUGCGCCCAGGGCUGAGUCCAGCUCGCCACGCACGCCCCCAGCAGCCUGUGUCCUGGUCACCUGACGCCCUCCACACCCUCUACUACUUCCUGCGCUGCCCGCAAAUGGAGUCCAUGGAGAAUCCCAACUUAGAUCCCCCACGCAUGGCACUAAGCAAAGAGAGGCCAUUCCUGCUGCUGCCACCUCUGAUGGAAUGGAUCAGAGUGGCCAUAGUUCAUGCUGAACAUCGCAAGAGUCUGCUGGUGGACACUGAUGAUGUCAGACAAACUGCCAGGCUGCUCCUCCCUGGACUGGACUGUGAACCCAGACAGCUUAAGCCCGAGUGUUGCUUCAGCUCCUUCAAGCGCUUGGAUUCCAAAGGAGCCACAGACAAGUUCCAUCUUGACCUGGGCUUCCGAAUGCUCAACUGCGGCCGCACGGACCUCAUCGGCCAAGCUAUUAGCUUGCUGGGGCCUGAUGGCGUCAACAGCAUGGAUGACCAGGGGAUGACCCCUCUGAUGUACGCCUGCGCUGCUGGUGAUGAGGCCCUUGUCCAGAUGCUGAUUGACGCUGGCGCCAACCUUGAUGUGGCGGUUCCCCCGUGCUCCCAGAAGCACCCGUCUGUGCAUCCUGACAGUCGACACUGGGCGGCGCUCACCUUCGCUGUGCUGCACGGACACAUCUCAGUAGUGCAGCUACUGUUGGAUGCUGGGGCCAACGUGGAGGGCGCUGCAGUCCGUAAUGGACAGGAGAGCACGGCCGACACCCCAUUGCAGCUGGCCUCAGCAGCAGGCAACUAUGAGAUGGUGACCUUGCUGCUGGCAAGAGGUGCCGAUCCUUUAUGGAAGGCCCGCGAUGGAAACGCCCUGACAUCGUCCCUUCAUGAAGACAUGAACUGCUUCAGUCACGCUGCAGCACACGGACACAGGAACGUGCUGAGAAAGCUCCUGACUCAGCCCCAGAAAGUCAAAGAGGACGUCCUGUCCCUGGAGGAGAUGCUAGCUGAGGGGGUGGAGGGGGAGGAGGGUGGCAUGUGCCCUUUCCUCCCCCUCACACCCCACCCCAGCCCCUCCCCCGAGGGGGGCUUAGCCAAACUGUGCAAGGCCAGGAUGAAGGCUCUGCAGGAGGCCAGCUACUACAGCGCAGAGCACGGCUACCUGGACGUCACCAUGGAGCUGCGAGCGCUAGGUGUGCCAUGGAAGCUGCAUGUGUGGCUGGAGUCUCUGCGCUGUGCUCAGCAGCAUUCCAGGGCCGGGGUCACCUUGUCACUCCUGAGAGAGUUCACCACCAUCAGAGAAGAAGACUACUGUGAGGAGCUGGUCACCACGGGCCUGCCGCUCUUCUUCAACAUCCUUUGCACCACCAAGAAUGAUGCCAUCAUACAACAGGUGUGCAGCAUUUUGAGUCACUGCUUUGGCCCAGCACCACUUCCUGCCGUGCCCGAGAUGAAGGCAACGCUCUCAGCACAGCUGGAUCCUCACUUCCUGAACAACCAGGAAAUGUCAGACGUGACUUUCUUGGUGGAAGGAAAACCUUUCUAUGGCCACCGAGUCCUGCUGAUCACGGCCUCCGACAGAUUCAAGAAUCUGCUCACAUCCUCUGCUUCUGAUAAAAGUGGCGCCAAGCUGAUUGAGAUCAGCGAUGUCAAGUACAGCGUGUUCCAGAUGAUGAUGUCAUACCUGUACUGUGGUGGAACAGAGUCGCUGAAAACCAGAGUGUCUGAUUUGUUGGAGCUGCUGUCAGCUGCCCGUGUGUUCCAGCUGGGGGCGCUGCAGAGACAUUGUGAGCUCUUGAGCUCUCAGCUCAUCAACCUGGAUAAUGCAGUCAGCAUCUACAAGACCGCCAAGGCUACAGGUUCAGUGGAGCUGAGCUCCUUCUGUGAAGGUUACUUCCUGCAGCAGAUGCCUGCUCUGAUGGAGAGAGAGACCUUCAGGAGUCUUCUGUUGGGACACCGACCAGGCAACAGCACGCCCACGCUGGCCCUCAGCCAGGCAGAAUCGCCCCUGGAGGAGCUGGAAGUUACGCUGGCUCGCCGUCUACGCUCGCUCUAUGUCACGUCCAGAGUGUGAGGACGGCGGGACAAAGUGUUUCUAUGCUGAGCACACCAUCUGGACGUGUGGUGGUUCUCAACAGCUUGUUUAUGAAGAAGAUGGGAGACAUAUCUCCGAGGCUCAGGAAGCUUUUUGUGGAGACUGAUGGUGGAAUUAUGAGCCGCCGCUGCCCUCUAGUGGACAAAACCAGAAAGACUUAAAGGCUCAGCAGUUCUCCAACUGAAGCUAUCUUGGCCAUGCUGGACUUGUGGCCUUGUUCCUUUUUGAACUGAUAAUGCAGAAUAAGAGGAACAUUUUUUUCUAUUCUCCAAACAAGAACCAGACCAACAAAAGACUUACUGAAGAACGGGAAGGAUAUUUGCUAUUUAAUGAGAAUUGAGAGUAUUUAACAGGGUCUUUUUCCCUUUUUAUUCAGUUGUUUUUAUUCUAACCCCUCAAGUUGCUUUUCAUGGUGGACUUUUAAGCUUCGGUAUACUCAUGUUCCAGCACAACAAGCAUAACAUGGGAAAUGUGUUGGCUACAGCGUUGUAAUAAAUAUCACUUAGCA